AUGUUUGGCACUCAAUUGCAGUCCAACAUUGGAAGUGACAGGUUCUCUAAUGUUUCUAUAACGCUGAAUCAACAACAGCAACAGCAGCAACCGAACCAAGCAAAUACACACCAACAACAAUUUCAAACCGCUUCUCAGCCCGCACAACAAGUUUUGUUUCCUCAGGGACCUCAAAAUGGAUAUAAUGUUACGCAGAAGGAUCCUGAAUGGUUCAAUAAUCCACGAAAGCGUGCCAUUCCGCAGGCGAUAGUAAAGAGAACUUCUAAGAGAUCACCUUCGGUAGAUUCGAACCAAACUGUCAGUGACAGCAAUACUUCCACUCAAAGAUCGGGGUUCAAUAGCAUGAGUUUUGGGUCAAAGAAAGACAUUCGCGGGGUUUCAUCCAGUCAAACAAUCAAUAAGGGCACUGAUCAUAAUCAAGGCAUACUGAGCUCUAACGAGGCUCCUCCCACUGUUUCUUUACACGAUUGGCAACGGGAGGAUGAAUUUGGCGCUUUGGUGCCACUAGCUUCUCAGAUAAAUUCCAAUGCUGGAGUAUCGCUCCCCAAUGAUACAAACACAGCCUUCUCAGGGCCAGAGCCAGCUACGAUAAGGAAAAGCGGUUUCCAGCCAAAUGCAUUCGAUAAGAAUGGUCAUGUCGGUAGCUCACUGCAUAACUCGUUAGAAAAUGACAACGACAAUGAAUCUACUCCGCAGCAAACUACGAUGGUGAACGAAAGUGCUGUUAUUGUGUUCGGAUACCCAGAAUCGAUAUCCAACCUGAUAAUUACACAUUUCUCCAAAUUUGGUAACAUACUCGAGGACUUUGAAGUACUUAGAAGUAGCUCUGGCAUAAACGCUGCCACCUUGCGAUUACGUGGGCGUAAGGGUGAUUCAGCCGCUUUAGAAAGAAAGUAUCCAAUCUUCACAGGUGACGGGUGGGUCAAAUUGACGUAUGACAGCUCAUCAGCUGCCCUUCGGGCUCUACAGGAAAAUGGACAAGUAUUUGGAGGAUGCUUGAUAGGUUGUGUUCCAUAUAACAAAAAUGUGGUCGAGCAAUUGGCCUCAUGUAAGAUAGCCAAGGCCGAUGACAUCGGUGAACUUAAUUUCUCGGUCAAACCCUCUACCCUCACAGAUUCCAAGACUAAUUUCGACACCUUAGCGAGCCAAAAAGGAUCAAUUAAUGGCGGCGCUAACGAAUCGUUUAACCUAACAAACGAAUUCAACAGAUUUGCAGAAAAUUCAGCGACGCCAGCACUUGGUGCUAAUGGGCUCUUAGAGCAUCCUUCAAUCACGUAUUCGACACGGAGGCUGCAUAUUAAAGAUGGCAAGUCGCUGUUCGCUCACAAUGGUUCAGUAAGCAACCAUAAUUUCCUACAGAGUCUAGAGAUGAAAAUGCGUCAACAGGAAGAAAAUAAUAAACAACAAGCUGGUCUCUUGCACAAAGUGAAUAAUUGGUUAUUCGGUUGGAAUGACCUGUGA